AUGAUUACAGAUUCGGAUUCGAUAGCCGAGAAAUUCGAGUGCAAACUGUGCGGCAAGGUGUACCAGUGGAAGCAGAGUCUGAAGAGACACAUCCGCGAGGACCGGUGCGACAAGGGGCCGCAGCACGCCUGUCCCCGUUGCGGCAUGAGCUUCAAACACACCAGCCGCCUCAACAAGCACGUGAUCCUGUGUCCGCACAUCGUUUUCGACGACAAUCCCGCCAACGCGUCCACGUCGUCGUCGUCGUCGUCGCCGUCGUCCGUCAAGCGCAUAAUCAAACUGCCGCCCCCGUGCCCCGACGCGUUGCCCAUCACCGCCGUGCCCACCAACACCACGGCCACGUCGUCCACGUCCCAGACCAUACUGGUGUUACAUUUGAAAAACCAACACAAUAUGUCCCAAAACUGGAAUUCUAAAAUCCAGAAAUUGGGCAAUUAG